GCCGCCUCUCCCGCCCCAUCCCGUCCCAUCCCAGCCCGUCCUGUCCUGUCCCGUGCCGUGCCGGCAGGAGAGCAGAGCCAUGCUGCACUGGGGAUACGACGAGCACAACGGGCCUGCCCACUGGAAGGAGGUUUUUCCUGUCGCUAAUGGAGACCGUCAGUCACCCAUCGACAUCAAAACUGAGGAAACCAAGUAUGAUCCCUCCCUCCGUCCUCUAAAUCCCAGUUAUGAUCCAGCUUCUGCUAAAAUCAUCCUUAACAACGGGCACUCCACCAGUGUGGAGUUUGAUGACACCGUAAACAAAUCAGCAUUGGAACUGGGCUUUGAAGUCUGUAACUGUUUGUUGCUGACUGGGGGGCCACUCAGCGGGACCUACAGGCUGCGCCAGAUCCACUUCCACUGGGGGUCCAAUGAUGAAGCUGGCUCUGAGCACACGGUGGAUGGGAUGAAGUAUGCGGCAGAGCUUCAUGUGGUCCAUUGGAAUGCAGAGAAGUAUUCCAGUUUUGUUGAAGCAGCUUGUCAGUCAGAUGGAUUAGCAGUUAUGGCUGUAUUUCUGAAGAUUGGUGAAUGCAACCCUCAGCUGAACAAGAUUACUGACCGCUUGGACACCAUCAGAAUCAAGGGAAAAAAAGCACUAUUCACAAACUUUGAUCCCAGCUGUCUGCUUCCCAAGUCCCUGGACUACUGGACUUACUUUGGCUCUCUCACUGUUCCACCUCUUCUUGAGAGUGUCAUCUGGAUUGUUCUGAGAGAGCCCAUAAGUGUUUGUUCUGAACAGCUGGCCAAAUUCCGCAGCCUCCUGAGCACUGCUGAGGAUGAGGUCGCCUGCUGCUUGCUGAGAAACUUCCGGCCUCCCCAGCCCCUGAGGGGACGAGAAGUCAGAAGGAAUUGAAGGAGUAAAUCCAGAGUAGGCUCCCUCUGAAACCAAAGACCAAAUUCAUUUUAAUAGUUAAUAUACUUUGUGAUGUUUAAUUUCUUUUUGUGAGUUGUUUUUAACCAAUAGGUGUUGUUUUAUCAGUGGUUUCCAUGCAGUCAUUUCUCACACAUGUAUGUCUGGAAUUGUCACAGGUUCAUUGAUGUUAGCAGGUCUGACUGGGUUUGAGUGCAUUGUCUUGGAAGUACUGAGCCAUCAGCAUUGCAUACACAGAGGUCACUGCUAAAAAAAUGGUGAAGGAGUUGCCCAAAUUUUGCCACCAAAUUACUGAACAUGAUCCUUGGUAUCAUUGACAAUUUGGAUGUUCUGGGAUUAUUCCUCUGGUCUCUAACAUAACAUUUAGCUUCUUUAUAAACCUCACAUUGCAGUUCUCAAGGAAAAAAAGUUUCAAGGAUGAUGUAAUUUCAUUGCUGACUUCUGCAAUACCAUAUUUACGUUCCUACAAAAAGUAGUAAUGACUAGCAGCAUUUAAGUAAGACAGAUAUUUAUAUGAUCCUGUUAUUCUGGCUGCUUCAUAGCAGUAAUCAUGUACUGAUUGAUAGUUUUUUAAAAAGCAAAUAGUAAAGAUUUUGUAUAUUGCAAGAUUAUGUCAGUAGAUUAGGUAUUCCUGAAUUUCACAAUGUCACAAGAUGAAAUUGUCCUGAAGGUGGAAGGGCAUAGAGGGAGCUGUUUGUGCCUAAAUCCAGUUUGUUGCACUUGGUGAAACAUAAGGGAUUAUUACACUAUAUCCAUGUAGCAUCACACUUUUGCCCCUUAAAAUCAAGAGGCAGGGGUAGCUGUUGUUGCAGACCAUUGCACGCUGCAGUGUGAACCACAUGCUGCUUACCUCUCCUCUCACUGUGCAGCACAGUACUGCCAGGUAUAGAAUGUGUCAAGGUGCUGGCUGAUGUUCUGCUGUCAUAGGUGAACUUCAGUGGUUGCACUUAUAUUCCAAGACCAAAGAGAAUAGUCAGAGACAGCCAAAGAAAUGGGAAUCAAGUCACCAUCUAAUAAAAAGCUCAGCCCUCGGUAGCUAUAUGUUGAAACUUCUGUCUCUAUAAGUUGACUUGAGCCAGUGUUUCUCUCAGGACCCUUUUUUAUCUGAAUAUAAU